CCCUCCUUCCUUCUUCUGGCGCACGUGUGCUCUCCGAUCUUAGCUGUUGCGGAAGGAUGGCGGCGAAUACCGGGAAGCUUCCGAUGCGGCUCCUGCGCAAAAAGCUGGAAAAGCGCAACCGCAAAAUCCGUCAGCGUAAUUUGGCCAGGCAAGCAGCCACCGAUCAAAACCUGGCCGCGGGAGCAUCGCCGGCGGGAGAAACGCUGGAAAAUGCAGUGGAGAAUGUCUCAGAAGAAGUUUCCAACCUUUCAGAAACAGCAAUGAAAGACCCCAAAAUGACAGAGGGGGAAUUGCUUGAUGUAACAAAAGCUGAGGAAGCUGAGUGUAAACAAUCUGGGAAGAAGAAGAAGAAAAAGAAAAGGAAAGUUGAAAAUUGUGCAGAAAAUGGUAGUAAAAAAGCAAAAGUUGAGGAAGAAGAUCUUGAAACACAAGGGGCUUUACCUGGGAAUCUCAAAGAAGAAGAAGAAAAUGCUGAAUGUCCAACGGAAGAAGAAGCAUCCGAUGAUGCUGAUGGACCUGUCUUGCCUCUGGGUUUAACAGGUGCUUUUGAGGAUACUUCCUUUGAGUCUCUUAAAGAUCUUGUCAGUGAGAACACGUUGAAAGGGAUAGCAGACAUGGGAUUUACACACAUGACAGAAAUUCAACAUAAAAGUAUUAAACCGCUUUUGGAAGGCAGAGAUAUUUUAGCAGCUGCAAAAACUGGCAGUGGCAAAACUCUUGCAUUUCUCAUUCCAGCCAUAGAACUUAUCUACAAGUUAAAAUUUAUGCCUAGAAAUGGAACCGGUGUCCUUAUACUCUCACCGACCCGAGAACUUGCCAUGCAGACUUACGGUGUUCUCAAAGAACUGAUGACUCAUCAUGUCCACACCUAUGGCUUGAUAAUGGGGGGAAGUAAUAGAUCAGUUGAGGUACAAAAACUUGGAAACGGCAUAAACAUCAUUGUUGCAACUCCAGGCAGGCUUCUGGACCAUCUGCAGAAUACUCCAGGAUUUAUGUAUAAGAACCUGCAGUGUCUGGUAAUUGAUGAAGCUGAUAGAAUUUUAGAAGUUGGAUUUGAAGAAGAAAUGAAACAGAUCAUAAAGCUUCUACCAAAGCGUAGGCAAACCAUGCUGUUCUCUGCUACCCAAACCCGUAAAGUUGAAGAUCUGGCAAGGAUUUCUCUAAAAAAAGAGCCAUUAUAUGUUGGGGUUGAUGACAAUAAAGAGACAGCAACUGUAGAAGGACUUGAACAGGGCUAUGUAAUAUGCCCUUCAGAAAAGAGAUUCCUCCUGCUGUUCACUUUCCUGAAGAAGAAUCGGAAGAAGAAGUUAAUGGUGUUCUUCUCUUCGUGUAUGUCCGUGAAAUACCACUAUGAACUUCUUAACUACAUUGAUCUGCCGGUAUUGGCUAUUCAUGGCAAGCAGAAACAAACUAAACGCACAACCACGUUUUUCCAGUUCUGCAAUGCGGAUUCUGGAAUACUCUUAUGCACAGAUGUAGCUGCUCGCGGGCUGGACAUUCCAGAGGUUGACUGGAUAGUUCAAUAUGAUCCACCUGAUGACCCGAAGGAAUAUAUUCAUCGUGUUGGGAGAACAGCCCGUGGAAUCAAUGGCAGGGGGCAUGCCCUGCUCAUUUUACGGCCAGAAGAACUAGGAUUCCUGCGUUACCUCAAGCAAGCCAGGGUGCCAUUAAGUGAAUUUGAAUUUUCUUGGUCUAAAAUUUCUGACAUUCAAUCUCAGCUGGAAAAAUUGAUUGAGAAGAAUUACUUCCUCCACAAAUCAGCCCAAGAAGCAUACAAAGCCUAUAUAAGAGCUUAUGAUUCCCACUCUUUGAAGCACAUCUACAAUGUCCAUAGCUUGGAUUUGAUCAAGGUUGCUUUGUCCUUUGGCUUCAAGGUCCCGCCGUUUGUGGAUCUCAAUGUAAACAGCAGCCAUGGAAAGAGACUGCAAAAAAGAGGCGGAGGUGGCGGCUUUGGCUACCAGAAGGCAAAGAAUGUUCAGAAAUCCAAAAUCUUCAAGCAUAUUAACAAGAAAAAAUCUGACAACCGGCAGUUUUCCCGCUGAAUUGCUUUAUUCCGUGUUGACUGAAAUGGCUGUAUUACUUUUCAACCAGUGUACAGUCUUAUUCAUUUGGGGACAGAAUUAUAUGUACGUAUUUCAAAUUAAAGCUCAGUAUUUCAACAUGAUCCAUUCUAAUCAUUAUCUUAACAUGGAAGACUCCUGUAUGUUGUCUCCCCAGCUGUUCCAUGAAUAGUUGUAGACAAUGGGAUCUGAUCCUGUACUCCAGAUGGUAUAAGGUAAUUCGUAGCUUCCUUGCAGUGCAGGUAUCAGUGUAAUCAGACCUUUCUGGUUGCCUAGAAAUCUUCCAAAAGCAAAUCCCAUGAUCACAGUGUAUAGUAUAUUAUAUGGUUCUUUUUACUUUUCUUCUACAAGCUGUUUGAAAUAUUGGGCAUAUUUUGGAAUUUGACUAUAAACUAUGUAUUGGUUUUUUUAAAAAAUGAUUUUUCUAUUGUAAAGAUUUUUAAUGGGAUGAUCUUAUUUGUAAAAGUUCGGCUUUUAGGAUCACACUAACACCUGAAGUGUUUUGUCUUCUCAGAUCUAGUGAUGCCUUCAGAAUGACGCUUUGCAAAUAUUAAAGGAAGUUUGAAGCAGAAAGAACUAUUAUUUUGCGAUUAUAUAAAAAAUAUACUUUGAAAGUCAUAAAAUAAAUAAAUUGGGAAAGUUUGCACUUUGUGUAAGUUAAAUGGUUACAGUCAGAAAGAUAGCCAAUGUUGAAUUAGUGUGUGGACUAUGCAUUCAAAGUUACCAGUUCUGAUCUGCAGAUGCUUUCUUAAAUCUCUUAUUCAUGCUUCCACCUCUGUUGCAAAUGCAUUUAAACCUUACAUAGCUGGCUUAUUUGGAAGAAUUUGCCUUUUGAAAUUGCUGCAAUAGCACAACACUGGAAAACUGGCAGUCAUGCUUAGAGGAAGAACUGUUAACAUGAGUUGCUGGGAAUUUGGCACAAUAACAAUUUAAUUUUUUAUUAUUAUUAUUAUUAAAUAGUAUAUUUUAUUUUUAUGAGUAAUAUGUAGUUAGAUUCACAGAUCAAGACUGUGUGACUAACAUGAUUCAAGUCCUAAGCAAAGACCUAAAAAUUAUUAAAAUGGUAUCUUAAGAACAGAAACAUUUCCAAGCCGGGUUUUUUUUUUUUUUUUGGUGUUUUUUUUUGGUAAAGUUAGGAUGUUCAGGUUCAAUAAAUACAAAAUUUUCAGAUAUUGAGGGAGUCCUUUAGCUAUAGCUCCAAGGGCUCUAAUCAUGAUUGUAUAACAAUAGAUUUCUUUUUCUAUAAGCAUUCAAGUCCUGAUACUUCAUAAUUUUUUUCCAAUUUCCAAUCCUCAAUCCUAGCAUCAUCCAGUAUAGCAACAUCACUGAACCAGAUUUUCUUUUGUGACUGCUGUACAAAGCAUAUUAUGAACAAGAUGCCUGUGUGUUUGGAUUUUAAAAGUCCCAUAAGAUCUUCACCCACUCAAUUUCUAAAAUCAUCCCAACUUGAUAGUCCCAGUAGUUUUUACAACAUUCAAAUCAAAACCUCUGGCAAAGUUUCCAAUGAAUAAUUUUGGCCAGGCAAUCAUAACACUGCUUAUAGUCAGUUUGUGAAAUUUUUCUUACUAUUUAAGAACUGCAUGUAAAGCAUCACCAUUUUCCAUUUUAAUAAGGUGACUUCUAGAUGCACUGUUCUGUGGAUUUAUUUAUUUUUUUCACAUUGAUUGUGUAGGUGUAUGUAGAUGUGGUCAGGCGGUGAAGUGUUUUCUUCCAAGGAAAAGAAAAGAUCUGGAUUAAUGUGAAUCUCUGCAGCUUGAAGAUGUGUAAACUUCACAUCUUCAGCCAGGGAAUUCUGGGAGUUGAAGUCCACACUUCAAAUUGCCAAGGUUGAGAAACACCAAUCUAAUGUAUACAGCAGUGUACAAAUAGGAUACUUGCUUGUCUUUUGUGCAUUACUUUUAGCUUUAUAGAAAUCUAUAAACCACGAUAAACAUUAACUGGAGAGCUAAAGUUUCCUGUGCACUUUUCCUGUUAUCAAUCUUAAGGUUACUUAAUAGACUAUACUAUUCCACACUCAAGGCUUGUCUCAUAAAGAUGAAAGAUGCUUUGAGCACUAACCAUCCUGUGUUUCUUGAGGAAUUGUCUCCCAUUCAGAGAACCUUGACAACGAAAUUGGACUUUGUAAGCCAGUUAAAAGCAGGUGAUCAAAGUAAGAUCACGUGGGAAUUUUUAAAAUAAGAAUUGCCUUGCUGUGGCUCCCAAUAGCGAUAAAUAAUCUGGUACAAUCCAAGCCUAUUCACUACAUGCAGGCAUUAAAAAGCUAUUGCAAUCAAGAUGAAAUGGUACAGAAAGACAAUAUAUUGACUGCAUGGUGUAGUGACGAUUUCAUAAAUCAGAUAACGCUAGUUUCAUAAUAGCCAUUGGACAAAACAACUACCAAUUAGUGUUGUUCAGCUGUAUAAGCUGUCGUACAGAAGGAAAAAAUUAUGAAGAUCAUUUGCAACAUCUAAAAUAUAUUUUCUGUGUUUGGAGGGGGGAUAAUUUUUGCACUCUUAACUAGAGAAAGGGUCCAUUAUUGUGUGGGAGAUACCUUUCUCUAUGGAGUUUGUGAGCAAAUCAGCCAUAAAAACAAGUUACUUAUAAAGUGAAAAGCUGCUGUCUGAAGUGUUUCAUAUUUCAGCUUUUGGAUGGAAUUAGCCUUGUUAAGUGGGGCAUCCACCACAGCACAUAGAUGAUCUGAAUGUUUUCUUGAGGCUGUAACAACAGCAGCAUUGUUUUGCUUGUGACUCUUCUGCAGGGUACUUUAUUACCAAGCUUCAGCUGUCAAUAUUAAUCAAUAAACUGCAAGAAAGAAAACUUCAGUUUUUACACUUUUUGGUAAAGUAAUGCCUCAACAUUUGUAACAAGAUGGUUUUAACCAAAAAAUGUUUAAAUAUUCCUCACCCAUAUCUUUAAAUAGAAGAAUGCAAACCCUCCCCCGUCAUGCUAAUUAUUUUAGACAUCAUAAUUUAUUUUCUACCACUGUAGCAUCUAAUACGCCUACGCCUCCACCCUCAUUGCGUCGGCAGAUA